CUAUUUUACCCAAUGGAAUAGCUUCUUUUUCGCGCCCAGCUGCAGCUAUAAAAUAUGCCUUUUCCUUCUUUCCCUUUAGUUUCCUCUGUGUAGGCUUUAAGUGUUGCAUUAUGUCUGGACGUGGCAAGCAGGGCGGCAAAGCUCGCGCCAAGGCCAAGACCCGCUCCUCGCGGGCCGGGCUCCAGUUCCCCGUGGGCCGAGUGCACCGCCUGCUCCGCAAGGGCAACUACGCCGAGCGGGUCGGGGCCGGGGCGCCGGUGUACCUGGCGGCGGUGCUGGAGUACCUGACGGCCGAGAUCCUGGAGCUGGCAGGCAACGCGGCCCGCGACAACAAGAAGACGCGCAUCAUCCCGCGCCACCUGCAGCUGGCCAUCCGCAACGACGAGGAGCUCAACAAGCUGCUGGGCAAAGUCACCAUCGCUCAGGGCGGCGUCCUGCCCAACAUCCAGGCGGUGCUGCUGCCCAAGAAGACCGAGAGCCACCACAAGGCCAAGGGCAAGUAA